UUCCCAGUCUAGACGGCUCUGCUUAGACAGCUUCGUGCACGAGAGCCUCUUCCGAAAUGCGAUAUCAAGGCACAGCGCGCUGCACACCAACCCCAUGCCUACCCGGAAGCUCGUACUUGAUUCCGGUCUCAAUGCAGAACCUGGGUUGCAGUGCUCGAUCCCCAGCCGCGUAGUAGACUGUCGAUGCCGCUCUACUACUAUGAAAGAGUUAGGCAGCGAUCGAGAUAGUAAUUAGUUGGGGAGCCAUGUGCACAGUGCGAAUAAAUUGCAAGCCUGCAGGCGCGUGCGACCGUAGCCACCGUCUGCCGACAUUGUGUAAUAUGAACCUUAGAUUAAUAGCAAGCGGAAUCGAGGCAACGAGGCUUUGACUGGGCAUCUGCGCACACGUUCAAUUUGGGCGAUGCAUCAUGACGAUCCGUGGCUUUUCCGGACCGUUGAAACAACAAACUUCUUCGAAAAUGAGAACCGCUGCUCUCCUCGUCGCCUCCGCGGCCGCCGUCUCUGCCCACUCGACAUGGCAACAACUCUGGGUCGGAUCCACCGAUAAGGGCACGUCCUGCACCAGGACCGUCGCCAACAACAACCCCAUCUCGUCGCUCUCCUCAUCCGAUAUGUUCUGCGGUAUUGGCCCAGCCUCUUCUUCGGGAGUCUGCGAGGUCGCCGCCGGCAGCCCCUUGACCGUCGAGAUGCACGCUCAGCCCAACGAGCGUUCCUGCAGCCAGCCCGCCAUCGGCGGAAACCACUACGGCCCCGUUCUCAUCUACAUGGCCAAGGUCGAUGACGCCAAAACCGCAAAGAGCGGAUCCUUCUUCAAGGUCGCUGAAGACGGCUACAAGGGCACCACCCCAACCUGGGGCACCGAGAUCCUCAACGCAAACUGCGGAAAGCGCGCCUUCACCGUCCCGAGCAACAUCGCCGCCGGCGACUAUCUCGUUCGUGCCGAAGCCAUCGCUCUCCACGCUGGUGUCGGCAACCCCCAGCCGUACGUCUCGUGCUUCCAGGUCAAGGUCACUGGUGGUGGUAGCGCUACUCCUGCCGGUGUUAGCUUCCCCGGUGCCUACAAGCUCAGCGACCCCCUCUUCACCAAGGCCAUCUACGACUCGUCCUUCCAGUACACCUCCCCCGGCCCCGCCGUUUACUCUGGUUAGAGCAUAC